AUGUUGUGUUGGAAGGAGCUGCCUAACGAAAUCCUGUACGAAAUAUUUGAGCAACUUAAAUCCAACUUUGUAUUGCAUGACUUAGUGGAAUGCCAGCUUGUCUGUAAGAACUGGCGAAAACAUGCGAGUUUUAUCCUUUAUCGUAAACUCACUUUUGAUGGAUGUUUGCAAGGGGAAAAACUCAUAGAAUGUAUGCAGAACAGUAGCCUUAGAAGUCUUGUUCAUGAGAUAAACUUUUGGCGUAAUAGGAGAAUUGACAAUGAAAGGAUAAUGUCACUUAUCUAUAAACUUGCUGAGACGUGUCCAAACAUAGAGAUUUUUAAAGACAACCUUCGUAUCAACCAUUGGAAAGCUCUUGGAGGAGCUGUACGAAGCUAUUGGAAACAGCUGAAGCAACUUCCUGAACCACACUGGUCUAUGUACAAUGAUGAGAAUACCUUUGCGAACUAUUACACAGUCGCGACUGUCUGUCGUCGCACUCUCACUCAUCUCGUUCUGCCACCAGUACAUCCAACUAACCCACAAUUUACAAGAGUCCUUCCUCAGCUACCAUUCUUCAUAAGCUUGACGCAUCUGACAGUUGAACCCAGCUAUUAUAACCCUACCCUCAUGGAUUUUGAUGAGGUUAUUAAUCAAUGUUCCAAUUUGAUGUGUUUUACAAUAGACCCUUAUCUUAUGGUAUUUGACAGAAACUCAGACUACUUCAAACGCUAUGAUAUACUUUCUAUACAGCCUCACUUCAAGCUUAAAGACUUGUGGUAAAAAUCUGCCUUCAUCAAGGUACGCUUGACUAUAUCAUGCACAAGUUUC